UUGGAAAACGGAUCUGACAAAGCUGUAUCUUUUGAAGGAAAGUCGGUGCUGCAAGUGCUGAAUGACCUGUGCUUUCCGAAGGGUGAUGCAUUCAAGCCAACGUUUGACGUAAAAGAUGUCAGCGAAGAAGACGUCAAGCCUCAAGAUAGGAAAUUUUCGUGUACCCUGACUAUCAAUGGAAUGACGUUCACGGCAGUUGCACAGAGCAAGCGACAAGCGAAGGUCGAGGUUGCACGUCAGGCGCUGCAAGAACUGUGCACUAUGAAGCAUUUGAAAUGUGUUAUUGCAUCUGAGCAAGAGCAGGUGGAUCAUCGCACUCAGUUUAGAGCCAUCUGCACCGUCGGAGACAAGCAGUUCGAGCAAGUGGGCGCAUCGCCGAAGGAAGCAAAGUACCGAGUUGCUGUGAGAGCUAUGAACGAAGUUUUCAAACUUGAUUUCGAAAGUAGCUUCUACAAUCCCUACGGUAUGGUGCCCUACCGACUGCCAAAGUUAGUUCCAGAUGCUACUAAGUCACCGUGCCAAGUUCUAAACGAGAUUACAUCUCCAAAGGGCAAAGUAGUACAAUACAUGGAAUUGCCGUUCGAUACCGAGAAACGAGUUUUCACCGCCGUGGCUAAAAUAGACGACAAGGAAUUCACAGGUGUCGCUGUAAGCAAGAAAGGCGCUCGCCAGGACGCUGCUAGGAAACUGUUGCGGGAAGUUUUCGGCAUUGAAAUACCCGAAAAUUGGCAAGCAUUGUCGUUAGCUGCAGUAAUCAACGUUAUGAGUUAUACCCAGUACAGUAAAUACACUUCUUCUGCGCAAAGGUAUAUGGUCGAAAGCCACACUCGUUCCAGGCUUUCUUCGGAAUCUGUGCGUUCUCCUGCCCAAGCGUCGUCGUUUUGCUCUGCUCGUUACCCGCCGAGAAACGGCGGAAACAGUUACGUGCCAUCGGCUACUUACACUCUUUAUGAUGGCUGCGAGAGUGUUGGCAGUGCGGUGAGCAACAGCUGGCCAUCUCACCGUUCCAGGUAUUCCACUUCCGAAGACUCACCACGAACUUCAGUGAUCGACAGACCAUACCCAAUGAUGGCUCGAUCGAGGUCACCUCAAGCACAGCCUGAACGAUUCCUUGAUGACUCGCCGAGAUUAUCUUCCAGAUUGGCAAAUCGGUAUGGUACCACUGAUGAUACCGACAUUAGGGGUAAUUUUUGGCCGACCGCUCCGCAGGCCAUGAACCAAGAAGACAGGUGGUUCUCACGGUCCUCGAGAAGGCCGCCGAGGCCAGUUGAACCCUAUCGAAAGUCAGCAGAAACCAAAACUCCGCUUAUGUUACUUAACGAGAUGUAUCCACCGUCAUUACUUUCGAUAAAGUUGGAAAAAAUGAGUGGCCCCGGCGACAAACCAUAUUAUCGAUGCAUUGCCGACAUAUCGGGAGAAAGGUUCGUGGGCGAAGGCAAAACCAGAAGGUUAGCGAAACAUCGGAUGGCAGUAGAGGCAGUUGCAAAGCUGAUUUCAAGAGAAAGACGAGGAGUGCUUACCAAAGUUGAAAAUGAGCAGAAACUAGUCUUCCCUGUUAAAAGAAAGCAAGAUGUCUUGGAAGGCAGUUCUGAUUCAGAUAAACGUGUCUUCGUCGAAGGAAAGUCCGUACUGCAAGUGCUGAAUGAACUGUGUUAUCCGAAAGGCGACGCGUACAAGCCGACGUUCCACUUUAAGGACUUGAGCGAGGAAGAUGCCAAGCCUCAGGACAGGAAAUUUUCUUGUACCCUGCUGGUUCAUGGAAGAAAUUUCAAAGCUUUGGCACAAAGCAAGCGACAAGCAAAACGUGACGCAGCAUUUCAGGCUUUGACUAGGUUGUUCAAAAUCGACCCGGCGUUGCUUGAAUGCAACGAUCGUGCGGAAAUGCUUGUUCUCGUCAGCGGCAAGUGGCCUAUUAAAGCAUUACAAGAACUGUGCGUUAUGAAGCACAAGAAAUGUAUUGUUACUUGCAAGGACGAGCAUGUUGGUCAGAAAAUGCAUUUCAGAGUCAUCGUCACGGUCGGAGGAAAACGGUUCGAAGCUAAAUCUCCGGUAGAGAAGGAAGCAAAGUACUGUGUAGCUGUAAAAGCUAUGAAAGAGAUUUUCAAGCUUGAUUUUGAAGACAAAUCCGGUGUUGCAUCCGGUGCGGCACCGUAUCGGCUGCCGAAGCUGGUCCCGGAUGUGGUCAAAUCGCCAUGCCAAAUUCUGAACGAAAUUACAUCGCCAAAACGCAUCGUAGUUCUAUACACAGAGCUGCCGUACGACAAAGAAAACAGAGUUUUCACGAUUGUCGCUAAGAUAGGCGAUCGGCAGUUCACUGGAGCUGCUGCAAACAAGAAGAACGCUCGUCAGGAAGCUGCCAGAAAACUUUUGCGUGAAGUAUUCAACAUUGAAGUACCAGAGGAUUGGCAGGCGUUUUCAUUGGCGGCUGUCAAAGCGCAUUUAAGGAAUUCCCGCACCCUUACGAAUGUCGGCGAUAGUCCAUCCGUUAAACAACAAGUGGUCGGUGCAACGCCCUACACCGAAGACUCAAUGGACGAGGCGUUGUGUGUGAAGUUCUCAUGUACAUCCGACGGCAGCGGCGACGGCGUCGGCGCUCGUCUUUCAUUAGUAAACAACAACAAUGUGCCUCCAUCGACUGGCGGCGUCGCGUACGACGUUUCCUCGACUCUCGUUGGCCCUUUGAAGUACCGCCGCCGUUUGAAUCACGUGCGUGCGUUGGUGGUUCAGAAAGAUACCGCCGUCGGAGCACCGAACUCUUGA